GCUUGGGUUCUGUAACUCUGCCGUUACCGUAGACUAGGGACUUUGGGUGAAUCAGUUCGCCUCACUGGGCUUGAGCAGCUGCCCUACCUGCUGUGGGGAGCCCCCACAGAGACAUCUGCCCCAGCAGGGUCUUCUUUAUACCUGCCUGCCUUAGAAUCGUCACAAGGAUGGAUCUCAGCCCCAGUGUCUCGGCAAAGGCCAAAUACUCUCACCUUUCAGGAGAAGUGACAGGGCCUGGAACGAAUCCAACUAAUAAAUACAGGGUUAGGGAAGGUACAAGAGAAGAAACCAAGACCCCCCUCCCGCCUCCUCUAUUAGCUCGGAAAUCGGGCGAGGUUGGUUGCUACAGCGACCCCUUGGCAAGGCUGAGUUUUCUAUUGGAAGAGGGCCCGACCAGUCCCAGUCCAUUGGCCAGGAAACCAGAACCAAUAGGAAGGCGGGAUGUUGACGAUGUCUCAAAAUGGCUGCCGGAUCGCGGGAGCCGGUCGGAAAAGAAGAUGUGGAGUGGACUGUUACCACCUGGGGUGAAUGAAAGUGAUAUUGAGUUGAGUUCUGAGGAUGAGACCACAGUGAAGAUUUCAGAACUCAGUUCAAAGGAAGAUAAGGGAGAUGAUGUAACUGGAGAAGUCAGGCUCCCUGUUUUCCAUACUGGUGGACCUAAAAAUGGGGCAGAGACAGAUACAAAAAAUGCUGAUGAAGCGUGUCCAUCUGGAGUUCCCCUAAAUAUGUGGAAUAAGUUUCAAGAAUUACAUAAAAAACAUUCUGAACUGAGAACUGUAACAAAUUCUAGAAGCAGAAGGACUAAAAGAAAACGUCCCAGAAAAGAUAAAUUGAAGAAUAAUGAAGAGUCUGGCAGUCAACAAUCUUCAAAUGAAGCCCAGUGGAAGGAGCUUACUCAGUAUUUUGGAAUAAAUGAUAAGUUUGAACCCCUCAUAAGCAAUAGAGAACUUCUAAAGUCUGGCCUUGAAGUGAGCAUCGACAAAUCUGUGGCUGAAGGGGAUAUUGAGAAAGCAGAAGAACUAAGUAAUAGGUUAGCUACUCGGGAGCUUGGAGUAAAAAUUGCCAAAGCUGUUGCUUGCCGUAAUUUUGUAAAGGCUAAAAAAGAUGCUGAAACUUCACAAGAGGCUCAAAAAAAGAAGAAACUUGCAUGGGGGUUUGAAGCAAAGAAGAGAUGGGAAACCAAAAGCAACAUGGGAUAUAUGUAACUAGGCCUUCAUGCUUGAAAAGUGAAAACUUGAUAUUUUACUGCUAACUUUUAUACUAGUUAGGGAAAAUAAACAUUAGAUUAGUAGAGCAGUUUUCUAUAUCUUUUCAACCUUUUUAAAAAAUGUAUUUUCUUGAAAAAUAUGGGAAAAAAUAUUUAAAGGAAGAAAUGUAAGAAAUAUAAUGUGUACAUACCAUCAGUACUUAAAGUAUUAAUGAAAUCAUUGAUAUGUAUAUACCUGCUAUUGGUUUACAUUGAAACCGUUUUUGUGCCAUAGUAAACAGUAUUUUUAAAAUUGAUUUUGCCAAAAUAAUUUUGUGAGCCUUUCCAUGCAUGGUUAGUCUGGUGCUCAGAACAAGCAUAUUCUGUCAGCAAGGUUUGCCUCAAUUUAUUGUCAUAGCCUUGUAAGACACAGGAUUGCUUGCACUGAUAAGGCAUCAGCUGCAACUUUACUGGAGAAAUAUAUUUAUAUGUAGCAUAAAUUAUUUGCUUUUCCAUUAUUUAAUGAAUGCUUCGCAUUUGGGAUCCUUAUAGCAUAUAUAUUUGUGAUCAUAAAUUAUCCACAUAGAAGGCUGGUUUUAAGUAUGACUAAGAGAAAGUAACCUUACCAGCCAAGAAACAUUCAGUUCUAAUAAGAGUGAUAUUUUGUCUCAAUAUUCUUUUCUAGAAAGUUGGAUUGGGUUUGGUUUUUCCCAGCACUGCCUGGUAAAAGUCUAAAUUUAAAAAAAGUGAAUAAUUUUAAGUAGCUUUGAGGAUAGAAAAUGUCAUAGAGUUUGCAUUGGUUUAAAUUCUGCCUAAGAAAAGACAUAAACUAUCCAUAUCUCAUUGUCUCUUUUAUUUCUGUGAUUCUUUGAAUUUUGAUAUUCUUAGAUAGCUUAUUAAUCAUGAAAGUGUUGGAUAUUGAUAUUAAAAAUAUAAUCAUUUUAACAUUA